CCCAGACAGAAGAAGCCUGACACUCCUUUCUCUCCGAUUACCCCCUCCCAAUCCCACCAUGUAUAAGGAAAUUUGCACCAUGGCUUUUCUCCGGGCCAUCAUGGCCGAGUUUCUAGCCACCAUGAUCUUCGUCUUCUUCGGCCUCGGCUCAGCCCUGAAGUGGCCUUCAGCCCUGCCAAGCAUCGUGCAGAUCUCCCUGGCUUUCGGCCUGGCCAUCGGUACCUUGGUCCAGAUGUUUGGUCACGUCAGCGGUGCGCACAUCAACCCAGCGGUGACCAUCGCGUUCUUGGUGGGGAACCACAUCUCCUUCCUUCGGACGGUGUUCUACAUGGUGGCCCAGCUGGUGGGGGCCAUUGCUGGGGCAGGUAUCCUUUACCUGGUGACCCCAAUCAACACCCGUGGAAACCUGGCCAUCAACGCGCUGAACAACAAUACAUCCCCAGGCCAGGCGCUGGUGGUCGAGAUCAUCCUCACCUUCCAGCUGGUGAUGUGCAUCUUUGCCUCCACGGAUAAACGCCGGACUGACGCCAUAGGCUCCCCAGCAUUGUCCAUCGGCCUGUCAGUCACCCUGGGUCACCUGGUUGGGAUCUAUUUUACCGGCUGUUCCAUGAACCCAGCCCGAUCCUUUGCACCUGCUGUUGUAGUGAAAAGAUUCAGCACCGCUCAUUGGGUCUUCUGGUUCGGACCCAUCAUCGGUGCAGUCCUGGCUUCCCUGCUGUACAACUACUUCCUGUUCCCCUAUUCGCUGAACGUGUCCGAGAGGGUAGCCAUUGUGAAAGGCACCUACGAGCCAGAAGAGGAGUGGGAAGAGCAGAAGGAGCAAAGGACGAAGUCCAUGGAGCUGACCUCCCCGCCCUUGGAAAGGGCAAGACAGCAAGUGUAAAGGAGCAAGACUAGGUGGUUUGUUGUAGAGGAUGCUGCUGCUUCUUCAGACGCGCUCAUCUCCUCGCUAGCCUGCUGCGUCUUUACCUCCGUAUAGCCGUAUGCCUGAUCUUUCACAAAAGACCACGAUACAGGCCGGAGACCACAUUUCUCGUGCGUCCAGAGCUCCCAUUAAACCCCAUGGAAGCACGGGGUGCCUGGAGCGAGGGAGGAGAAAGGGAUGGGAUGUGGCCUAAGGGCCAGCAUGGCUGGUUUCGACAGACAGUUACGGCAAAUAUAUUUUUCCCGUGGCGCAUCCUAUGUCCCAAACCUUUAUCCCCCGGGGAAGCUGCUCUUUCCUGCAUUGGCGAUUCCUGUUUAUUCGGUGCAUGAAGGAUAUGAUUUUGGACAUUGUACUUGGAUCUCUGUAACGUAUUGUAUUAUUUAUUGUCAAUAAAAGACACCAAGGGUUAAUCCUGAAA